CCACUCUGAUCUUGCUAAACGCGGAUUGUCCGUAGAGGAGAACAACCAGCUCGCGGGGGAGUACUACCUGUAGGCUGCAGAGGCAUAUCCUGUGGAUGACGAGAAGUAUUGUCGAUACCUCAAUGCUGCCAUGCAGCAUCUUUGUCAACAGACGGGGUUGACAACUCGGAAGAUGCUGGAUAUCAUGGCCCGAUUCCGGGUGUCAGUGAAUGAGUCGAAGGGGACGUGGCAUCAGCAUCCAUCAAGGAUGAGGCUGGAGAUGGACCGUUCGAGCGGGCUGAUGAUGCAGAGGGAAGAUGAGCUGAGGAGAACGAUUUCGUCGGGAACACUGUCGUUAGAUAUGGUACUGACUAUAGGGAUUCUGAGGUAACUGAGCUAAUGACGUGCGGUAUAUCCUGUUAUGCGUAUACAUAGUAAUAUUAGAUGCUUCCUGCCAGGCUC